AUGCGUCGACGGGCGGCGCGUGUCGUGUAUAAAGAGGAGUCGGACGCGACCGACUCGGAGGGCAAGGACGAUGAGUCGGCCUAUGACCCAUCUGAUGCCGAGUCGGAGAUGUCUGAUGUGAAGGAAACGCCAGAGCCCUGGGUCGCGCUGAUGCAAGAAAAGCAGGAGCCCUGGGAGGACCUCGCACGGCCCGCUCCGAAGCGCGCGCUCUCCGAGACGGACACGGACAGUGACGAACCACUCGCCGAUCGUGUCAAAAUGCGGCGCAGGGCGCCGCGGCCCAAGCUCACGCGUUUUCAGAAAGCUGUGGCCACGCUGAAUGCCAUGCAUCCCGAGCUUGAGGGGGUUUGGGAGGCGCUCGCCAGCAUGCGGCGGCGGCGUGGUAGCGCGAUGCCCAAGGCGGAGCAGCCUGAAGGCAUCACGGCGACGCUGCUGCCGUUCCAGCUCGAGGGCCUGCAGUGGCUACAGUCGCAGGAGAAGAGCCUGUGGCGCGGCGGGCUUCUGGCGGACGAGAUGGGUAUGGGCAAGACCCUGCAGAUGAUCAGCCUGCUCGUAUCCGAUCCAAAGCGCCCCACGCUAGUCGUUGCACCGACCGUGGCGAUUCUCCAAUGGCGCCACGAGGUCGAAAAGUUCGCGCCGAGUAUGAACGUGACUGUGUGGCACGGUGCGCAGCGCACGAGCAAUGCGACGGAACUGGCCUCGAUGGAUGUGGUGCUUACCUCGUAUGCGGUCCUGGAAAGUACAUUCCGGCGCGAAAAGCACGGUGUCACGCGCCGUGGACGGCGUGUACACGAGCCGAGCCCGCUGCAUGGGAUCUCGUGGCGCCGCAUUAUCCUCGACGAGGCCCACCACAUCAAGGAGCGCACGUCCAACACGGCACGCAGUGCAUUUGCCCUGCGCAGCGACUACAAGUGGUGCCUCAGCGGCACCCCCCUCCAGAAUCGUGUCGGCGAGCUGUACUCGAUGAUCCGCUUCCUGGGUGGUGAUCCCUUUGCGUACUACUACUGCCGACAGUGUCCAUGCAAGUCCGCGACGUGGUCGUUCCACAACAACAGUAUGUGUGUGCACUGUGGCCACAAGCCCAUGGUCCACCUGAGCUUUUGGAACUUUAUGAUCCUUCGGCCCAUUCAGCGCGACGGCUUCGAGGAGGGCGAGGGCGAAGAAGCGUUUGUGCGCUUGCGCCUCCUGCUCGAUUGCAUCAUGCUCCGGCGCACAAAGCUCGAGCGGGCCGACGAUAUGGGCCUACCGCCACGCACCAUCGAGGUGCGCCGCGACCUGUUCAGCCCCGAGGAGGAGGAUCUGUACCACAGUCUCUACACGUCCACAACGCGCAAGUUCAGCACGUUCCUUGACCAGGGCACCGUGCUGAACAACUACAGCAACAUUUUCACCCUGCUUACGCGCAUGCGCCAGAUGUCGAACCACCCUGACCUGGUGCUGCGCUCCCACACCCGCUCUAAUGUGGAUCUGCUCGGCGAUGUGGAUGAAGUCCAUGUGUGCAAGCUAUGCCUUGAAGAAGCGGAGGAUGCGAUUUCAUCGCGCUGCCGGCAUGUCUUCUGCCGCGCGUGUAUCCGGCAGUACCUGGACAGCCUCGAGGGCGACGUUGACGCAGAGCUGCGGCGCGACGAUGUCUCCCCCGACUGCCCCUACUGCCACGCCUCCUUGUCCAUCGACCUAGAUGCGCCGGCCCUGGAGCCGCCGUGCCCCGUCCCGACGCCGGGGAACCCGAAGCGGCAGGGCAUCCUCGCGCGCUUGGACCUAUCGCGCUGGCGCUCAAGCACCAAGAUCGAGGCUCUGGUCGAAGAACUGACCAAGCUGCGUGAGCUGCCGGACCGCUCUAUCAAGAGCCUGGUGUUCAGCCAGUUUGUCAACUUCCUCGACCUGAUCGCCUUUCGCCUGCAGCGCGCCGGCUUUCGCAUCUGCCGCCUCGAGGGCAAUAUGACACCUGAGGCGCGCGAUCGCACGAUCCGGCACUUCAUGGAGCAUCCCGGCGUGAGUGUGUUUCUUGUCUCGCUCAAAGCCGGGGGUGUCGCCCUGAAUCUCACCGAAGCCUCGCGCGUCUAUCUCAUGGAUCCCUGGUGGAACCCAGCGGUGGAGGUGCAGGCGAUGGACCGGAUUCACCGACUGGGCCAGCACCGGCCUAUCGUGGGUACGUGGCGAUGA